AUGUUUGGCACCAGAUUUGCGUCCAUACAUACCGGACAAUCAUACCUACCGGUGCUCAUGACACCGCUCUGUUACGGACCUCACUUUCCAUUUACUAAUAUAUCGCAAAUCACAACGUCUAUACGAGGCAUCACUUUUGCAGCGCUGUUGAAAAAUAACUCCAAGAUAUUCAUAUAUUGA